UCAUUGCCCUUUAAACUCUUAUCAUCUUGUGAUUAUUCUCUGUUCCCAGCUUUCUCUCUCUCACUCUUAGGACUAUGGAGGGAGCUGUCACCAUUAGAGAGGAUCCAGACAAGGCCAGUUCUGAUGAAGGAAUUGAUGCUACAGGUGAGAGCAGUUAUUCUACUGCUCCUAGUUCCCCAGAACCUAAAGAAUCUGAUACUUUCACCGAAGUAAAUUCCGAAGGACGUGAUACUCCAGUCACUCCCAUUUCCUCUGAUCAGCCCCGCCCUUAUUCCGACCUACAGAACUCUCUCCUCCCGAAAUUAACAAAAAUGAGUCAAAGUCCACCGGUUCCGAAACACGUUGGGUCUAAUAAAACGAGAGUGGGCGGAGCUUCGGGAGGGUAUUCCCCUCUAGUCAAACCCGGGGGUGAGCCAGAGAUAGUCACUGUGAGACCUUAUAAUGUCCAAGUUGGUUUUAACGCUCCUCAGCGAAGUCCUUCUCUCGAAACUACAGACCCCUCCACUCUUCCAGGCACUGCCAACGUCAUUACGUCUCCACCGAAGCCACACCCACGUUCCCCUGGCUCUAAACCUGUCUCAAUAGAGGAGCUUGAUAAAGCAAGACGCCAUUAUGCUCCCCCGGGCCGUGGGGAGGGAAAAGGGAGAGGAGGAGGAGAGAGGUCUAAAUCUCUUGACUAUGAUGGUCACACAAAGCCUUCAGAGUUAAACGGAUCCAGUUUUUGUCUCGGGUUACCUUCUUUUCGUGAUUAUGUACCUGCUUCCACCAGCAAUGGAGAGACUAUGUACCUCAGAGAUGAAGACGGGGAAGGAGGAUGGAGUGUCAUAGAGUCCAAACCAAGGUCACUGUCAUUUGAUAUGAAAGAUGUGUUUCGUGAGACUGAAACUGAGAAGCCAUCUUCGGAGGAGUUAUACUCUAAAUUCCUUAAAUCUCAUACCUGCUAUGACCUGAUUCCAGAGAGCACUAAAGUUGUCGUCUUUGAUACAAAACUAAAAGUAAAGAAGGCGUUUUAUGCUCUGGUGAUAAAUGGUGUUAGGUCAGCUCCACUUUGGGACAGUAACAAUAACAAGUUUGUUGGAAUGCUUACCAUUACUGACUUUAUUAACAUAUUGAAGACGUAUUACAAGUCGCCAAUUGUUGGAAUGGAUGAACUGGAAGAGCAGACCAUUCAGACCUGGAGAGUAUCAGAAGCGACGAUAGCUAAAGUGACAUCUACACUAGUGCAGAUUGAUCCAAUGGAAAGUCUUUAUGAAGCUGUCAAGAUCUUAGUGGAAAAUAAAAUUCAUCGUUUGCCAAUCAUCGAUCAACGUUCUGGAAACUCUCUGUUCAUAGCCACACACAAACGCAUCCUUCACUUCAUGUACUUUAAUUUACUUCAUGAGAAGCAGCCAUCUUAUAUGAGUCAGUCAUUGGAGGAGUUAGGGAUCGGUAGUUAUAAAGAUAUAGCCACAGUCACAUCAGAUACACCAAUAAUUACAGCUUUAAACAAAUUUACAGAGCGAAGAGUAUCAGCCCUGCCAAUAGUCGAUAGCUUUGGGAAAGUAACUGACAUUUAUGCCAAGUUUGAUGUCAUUAAUUUAGCUGCAGAGAGAACUUACAAUAACCUUGAUGUGUCAUUGAGGGAUGCUUUGAAGCACAGGGCUCAGGGAUUUGAGGGUGUCCUUACUUGCCUACCGAGUGAUAAAUUAGGAGUCAUUAUUAAGAAGAUUGUUGAAUCAAAAGUUCAUCGUCUUGUGAUUGUUAAUACUGAUCGUCAUGCUAUUGGGGUCUUAUCUCUCUCCGAUAUUUUAAGGUUUUUAGUUCUCACGCCUCAUUCAAAAUAAUAAUAAUAAUAAUUGGAACUGAACAAAAUUGCACGUAGUUUUAUUUUACUUUGACACAAUAAAAAACAUCAUAUAUUACGGUAUGAUUUUUAUGUUAUGAUUUGCUAAAGAGUUCUGAAAAACUCGAGUA